UCCGUCGGAGCAGCUCAUGACGGACCGAGGGACUGUCUUCAAAAACAAACUCGUGAAGCUGAGUUGAAAUAUUUGGAUCAAUUUCUUUCGUUGGAAUAGCAUAUUUUAUGAGGCUUUUUGGUUCUGGAUGGAGAUAUUCGGCAGCACCUUUGAUGACUCUGUGUUUUCAGAGGCCAGGGAGCGGGUGUGUGAGUCUCUGUCGUCUUACAACGCCAAACUGUGUGAACCAGAGUGGUUUUGUGAGAGCACCGCUCUGGACACGGACGAUUCCUUGGAGAAGCAGAAAGUGUUCAAGUUCAGAGGUGACCUGGCUUUGAGACAAGGGAACUAUCAGAGAGCCCUGGAUGCGUACAGCAGCUGCCUGCAGUGGAUCGCAGACAACAACCUGACCAUCAGGCGCGACGUCCUGGAGGGAAUGGCUCGAUGCUGCACCAAGCUGGGACAAAGGGAGCAGGCGCUGGAGUUGGCUGAAUUACUGAACAAAGAAGCCUCCAACACCUGCCACCUGACCAGCCUCCUGCUGCUCAAAGUCAGCAUCUACCAGCACUUUGGCUGUGUGGGGCCUCAGAGGUUCUGCCUGCAGCAGCUGUGCAGCCUGCUGCCCUUUAACCCCUGGCACUGGUUCAACCUGGGUCAGACGUGUUUACAGCUGCUGGACUGCGACUCAGACAUGGAACGUUCAUCAGGGGCUGUGAAUGGGGAGUCUGAGGAGGACCAGGAGGGGGCAGCAGAGUUCACAAAGGACCGGGUCUGGCUGAGAGCUUGCAUGUGUUUCAUCAGAACACGGCUCUUGUUGAGAAUCCUGCGCCAGCAGCAGUCCUCCUUUGUGUUGCAGCGCAGUGUAAAGACUCUCCAGAUCACAGAAGAGGCUCUGCAGCGACUGAAUCCUAAAGAAGCAACGCUGCAGGCUCUCACCGAGGUGAUGUCAGAGGACCUGAUCCCAGAGAAGAUGAGGGAGGACUACCAGGACGGCGAGAGCCUGACCUUGGUGAGCUUGCAGAGCUUCAGAGAGCGCUGGUGGAGCAGCGUUUUACUGGCUGGAGCGUCACAGAUUAAUGGACCGCAGGCUAAACCUUAAUGCUGCUGGAAUCGAUGUUUGAAGCCAAACUGGCAGAGGACUUCAGAUCACGCUGAAGAUUCUUCAAACGAAUAUUUGUUGCAAAUUUAGCAUUGUUGCAGUAUAUUUAAUUAUUAUUUUUAUUUGGAUGACCAAAGAAUAAGCAAUGUGUUGCCGGUAAGAGUAUCUGUGAGUAUUAUAUGUACAACAUAUUGUGCUCUGUGUAAACAGUUUUGUUUAUAUUUUAUUAUCUGUGUCUUUUUAUUUCUUCUUUUCUUCAAAACUGUUAUAUGUUCUAUAAAUUAAUACAUGUUUUUCUUUUCUACAACAUAUUUUGUCUUAAAUACUACAUUCAAGUUCUGUAUGCUUAUAGAAAAUGUCACCAAAAAUGGUAAAAAAAAACAAAACGGGAUUCAGAUGUCGGAUGUUUUUGACAAACUUUGACAUUUCUCUGUGAGGUGCCUUCAGAUGACAUUUGUAAUUAAACUGAACUGGAUUGGAUUUAAUCAAGUUUGUCCUCACAAACACUAAACGAGAUGAGAAACUCCAGCCUGGCAGGUUAUUCAAUAUUUAAGGGGAAAACUCGACACAGCAGAAUGUUUUUAGUAGGCAGUAGGAAAACCAAAUCAUGUUUAUAACAGACCAGAAAGGCCAAUCAGAGUCACUGGAACGGACACAGUGUCGUGUUAAGGCACUUCUCAAAGACGGGAUCGGAUAAUCUGUCAAUUUUCAAAGACGAUCGCUGAACCAGAAAAGCGGUGCUUUGCAAAUCGAUUCAUUUCCAGUGAAGUUUUCCCAGUUUCUCUUGCCGUAAGCUUAUUCUGUUUAGGAUUUCAUGUGACAGUCGGACACAAAGUGAAAUGGAGUGGAACCUAAAUAAUGAUUUUUUUUUCCCAAAUUAAAAAUCUGUUUAGUCUGGCA